CAUACCCUCUUUGUCUAAAACGUUGGGACAUUUUUUCAUACUUAUCCUUCUUUGACUUGAUAAAGCCUACUAUUGUUGACUGCACAUCACCAGCACCUGAAAAUCAAAAGGCUGUGCAUAGGGACUUCUUUCUUUGUAGUAUCAAGUAGACCCAUCCCUUUUUUUAAGUUUCGUUUUCAAAGGAAUAUAUACAGGGCGUUUACCACACCUUGGUUAAAAGUCUUCCACUAGCGCUAUCAGUUAUCUCCUGCUUCCACGAUGGGCUACGUUUGCAUUCUCUUCGUUCUUUCUUUGACAAUAUCAACCGCUGGGGGAAUAAAAUGCUACUCGUGUGUCCUCACCGAAGACCCCCUUUCCUGCCUUAAGACCGAAGAAUGUCCCAGCAUGGAUCGCUGUUACAGCCUGGAUCUGACUGGCCAUGGGGGAGGCUUGACUAAGGGAUGUCUACCGAGUGUUGCGUGUGCCCUGGGACCAGUCGGAGCUUGCUGCGAAGGCGAUUUGUGUAACCUUGGGAAUGCCACCGGAUCAAGCUUCAUUCUCCUGCUGUUGUCUACUGCUGCACUGUAUUUCCUCUGAUCUCCUGAAAUCCUGUUCAUGGAGUUUGCGUUUAGAUUACAUUUAGGGCAUUUAGCAGACGCUUUAUCCAAAGCGACGUACAAUAAUUACAUUUGUCAUAAGAAAGAGGAACAUAACACUGUCGGUAUAGUAAGGAUGUUUCUACAUUUCUGAAGAGGAAUUUCUACGAAGUGCCUAAGAAUAUUCUUUACUGCAAUUCCUCAACAACUUCCUAAUAACGUGUUAAUUGUUCCAAUUUAGUUGUUUUUUUAAAGGGACACUGUGUAAAAAUUA